AUGGCCAACCCAUGCGAGUCGGUUUGCGCGGGUUCCGGCUGCGAGCUGCCCGGCACGAAGCAAUGCAGCCGGUGUGGAGUGGUGGCCUACUGUUCAGCAGAGUGCCAGCGGAAGGAUUGGAAGACCCACAAGCUCGUGUGCAAGAAAGUGGAGUCUCCAGAGAGCCGCAUUGCCGACCUCCUGCGCGCCGGCUGCCUCUUCACAGCGGGCGAGGAGCUGGCGAAGCUGGAGAAGCCGAGCAAGAAGUUGAAGGAGGAGCACGAGGAUCGCUUGAAAGACGGCAUCCACUCGGAGGUCGUGCAAGGGCGGCUGGAGUUGCGGCCCACAAAUACGGGCAUGGGCUACAUCGCUGCCAAGGACAUCUCAGCAGGCGACGUGCUGUUUUUCGACACCGCCUUUUGCUUUGCUCCUGUCAAUGGAGCGAAAGAAUAUUUCUGCCUCAUUGCGGAGAAAGCCAUACGAAAGGGGCACCGAGAUCGGCGAGUCAGUGCGCGCGCAGAUGCCCAAGCCGACUUCUACUAUGCCUCGGUGUUGGAGCUGGGUACCAAGGACAGUCAUGACAGGGCCACGCUCGACGAUGCCGAAGUGGAUGCUGAGAUGAAAGAGCAGAUUCUAGUCUGCUCCAUCGCUGAAGCGAAUUGCCUUUAUUGCACGCAGGAGCCCGAUCAAGUUGCGCUCUUCGUGUCUGCCGCACGCUUCAACCACUCCUGCGCUCCGAAUGCUAGCUUCGACAGCAGCCGUGGGACGCUUUUGGUGAAGGCCCUUGUGGCAAUCCCAGCUGGGGAGGAGGUGACAGUGAGCUAUCUUCCCGGCGAGCUUCUGUCCGAGGCUGGCGGCAAGAGACGCGAUCGCCUCCUCAACGGUCGCGGCUUCCACUGCAGGUGCUUAAGGUGUCAAGAGGAAAGCGAGGAAAGCAGCCACAAGUGA